AAUUCUCACAUCUUCAACAUACUAAAGCUUCAAUCUUUUUUCUUACCUUAAUUUCUCCCACUAGGUUUCUGAGAUGGGAAUCCAAAUUGCAGGCUUAGUUCAUGCCAAACAAAAGCUCCAGAGAACUCUUUCAGGAAGAAUUGGAAAUGUGUUGGCAAAUGCAAAUGCUCCUAAGGGACACAUUGCAGUGUACGUAGGAGAAGGAAACAGGAGGAGAUUUGUGAUUCCAAUUUCUUACUUGAACCAUCCUCUAUUCCAAGACCUAUUGAAUCGAGCCGAGGAAGAAUUUGGAUUCAAUCAUCCUACUGGAGGCCUCACUAUUCCUUGCAGUGAAGAGUACUUCAUUAGUCUCACCACAAUCUUGAGCUGCUCAUAGAUGAGAUAACUAUGGCUAAAGCAAUGCCAAAGUCUUUGUUUCAAAAGCAAUGCCAAAGUCUGUCUCUUCAAUUUUGUUUACAUUGCAAUUUGGCAAGUUGUAUUUCAUCCGGAUAUUCUACAAUUUGUAAAUAAAAUUUUGGAAAUAAAUUUAUCAUUCUUUU